AUGGCAAUUUCGGAAUGGAUUCAGGCCUUACAAGAUGUUGCCUGGCCAGGAUUCCUCCAACCCCAUGUUGAAGUUCUACUUCUAUGGAUAACUUGGGCUGUUGACUACAUCGAUUUGGAUUACCUCGAAUACUUACUCUGGCUCCUGCUCCCGUUCUUCAUUCUCUUCAUCUUCCCAAUUUUUCUGGUUCUCUUCAUCUAUGGAUGCGUUAUUUUUGUUCAUAUCUACGGUCAUCGACAUCAAAUUCGAGAAGCGUACCAUACCAGUUAUUGGGAAGGAGCACGAGUAGCAAUCGCUUCAUUUUGGGAUGGUGUGGGAAAUGUGUGGCACGGGUAUGAAUUACGAGGAAUCGAGAAUGUUCCAGAUGAAGGACCAGCUCUUUUCAUAUAUUACCAUGGUUGCCUUCCACUCGACGUCUACUAUCUCAUUUCAAAACUAGUAAUCCAUAAAAAUCGUUCAUUGCAUUGUGUUGGAGACAAAUUUAUUUUCAAAAUCCCUGGAUGGCGUCCACUCUGUAAAUUAUUCUCAAUAACGUCUGGAACUGUCGAAGAAUGCACAGAAGAACUAAAAGAAGGCAAUUUGUUAUGUAUUGCACCUGGAGGUGUACGAGAAGCAUUAUUCUCUGAUCCAAAUGUAUAUGAUAUUUUAUGGGGAAAACGCCUCGGAUUUGCCAAAGUAAUUAUCGGAAGUAGAACACCUGUGAUUCCAAUGUUCACUGAAAACUGCCGAGAAUCUUUCCGAACUCCUGAAUGGGGAAGAAGCUUUUUCCGAUGGAUUUACGAAAAAACGAAGAUUCCACUUUGUCCAAUAUACGGAGGAUUCCCUGUAAAAAUGGUGACACAUCUUGGUAAACCGAUCUACUUCGACUUUGAUACUGUAACUCCCGAGGAGGUUCGUAAAACUGUAAAACGAGAAAUUCGUGCAAUGAUCAAAGAGCAUCAACGUCUUCCGGGUAGCGUAUGGCAAGGAAUCGCUCAACGAUGGUCGGCACCAUCAAAGAAAAAGAAGACAGACGAGCCGGAGCAGGCAGAACUUUUACAAAGAAAUGGUGCUGGUGCAACAAGUCCCAUGUCAGACACGGAAGAAAUCGUUGUUCUUCGGCGAGAUCGUUCUGGAACAGAAGACGACGCUGAAGUGGACGAAUUGGGAGGAAUUUAA